UAAUUAAUAAAAUAUAUUUUAAAAAAUAAAGUACUAACAGUGUGAUGAAGGAAGAGAAUUUUAUUAAACCAGUCAUUUUGCAAAUAAUUACUUAACAUUCUAUGAGCCAAGUACUAAGAAAAAAGUAUAGGGAUCCUGACUAGUCUUGGAUCUAGAUUAAAGCUGACCAGGGAGAAGAAAUUUAAGCUGAGAACAUCAAUUGAACGGGUUGUGGGAGACCACUCCUAGUGGAAGAGAAAUAGUAUUUGCAGAGAAGUUGAAGGGUAUUUAGUCAGCAAAAGUCCAGUCUGGCUGGCAGUGAGCACCCUUUAGCCUUCACAGCAGCCCUAUUUUAUGGCUAAGAAAACUGAAGCUCAGAAUGCUUCAGUAAUUUAUAUAGGGUCUUAACAUUUUGCAAAUAACAGAUUAGCCAUUGAACCCAGGUUGAUUGGCCUAACUCCCAAAUCUUGGUUUUGUCUACUGUGCCAUUCUUUCUCUGAGUCACUUAUCUCAUGGGCUUAUUGUGCUUCCAAACACAUCUUUCUUCUAGCUAUUUCUCAGAGGGCUUAGCAGCUCUCUCUCCUGCUAAUUGUGAAGCCAAUGAUCAGGUUCUUUCUCUAUGCUAAUGUAAUAAUGAGGCUUAACUUUUACAGUAUGUACACUGUGUACUCUUACUUGUAUACUAUAGAAUAGAGAUUUUCAACCUUUUCCAUCUCACGGCACACAUAAACUAAUGGCUAAAAUUCUGCAGCACACAAAAAGAUAGUUUUUGCUAAUCUCACAAAAGAAUAGGUAUAAUUUUGGUUCAUCCACACCAACGGCUUGUUGUUUUGGCUGUUGUUAUUUUUAUCUUUGACACUCUAAGGGAAAACAGGUCAGUCCCCCUGACUAAGUAAUCAGGUAUUGCAUGUUUUAAAAAUUCUUGCAGCACACGGGUUGCAAAUCACUGCUCUAGAACUCCAGGGAUCCUAAAAGCUUUUUCAGGGGUAAAAAUCUCAUGGGUUCUGGAGCUCAUACAAAAAACCGCAGUGACGUCUCACUUAAAAAUAGCCUCGUGACACUCAUGGGGUGCUUUAAUAGAGCCAGUGUUUCCAUCAGCCCCUGCUUUUUAACCCCUAAGAACUCCAGAAUAAGAUCUGAGUAAUAAUAACACUGUGUUUCUGCUGUAGCCUCUGCCUACUGCCACUAACCUCCCCCAUAUAAAAAUCCUAAAGCCAUCACUAACAGUGAGUGCAUUUUAUUGGAAGAAUUAAAGUAAAAAGGGUUUCAUUGCUUUAAAAGUUUCAAAAACACUAUUCUAAUCUUUGUGAUGUUCUGGGGAAGUAUCUCCUGCUAAUGAGUUUUUUUUCUGAUCCUUCAUAUCUGCUUAUCUCCUACUACCUGCAUUAACUUGCCCAAACAUCUUUGUAAACUGGGGAGAGAUUCUGUUGUUGUUCUUAAAGCUUGUGGAGACAAUACAGAUGGGUAUAUUGGAGCCCAGUACUUGAAACCUGAAAAAAAACUAUAUCUGUAUUUCCAGAUAAUUUUAUGAUAGGUAAAAUAAGGGCAUUCAGGCUAAAAAUGUUGUUUUAUGUAAGAAAAGAUUGAAAUUUAAAAAAUUUUAUUCAGUGUUAUCUUUACUGAAUUUAUUGGGGUGACAUUGAUUAACAUAAUUAUAUAGAUUUCAGGGGUACAACUCUACAUCUGUACAUUGUAUUGUGUGUUCACCACUAAGAAGAGAUAUUUUAAUGCCAAUAUUGAGUUAAAUCUUUCAUUUUGGUCAGAGUUUACUAAGUAAACUGACUGUUUUUCCUUCUUAAAUCUUUGUCUAAUCAAUCUGUUAACCUCAAUUUUUCUCGCUGUCAUAAAGGUACUGCAUAAAUUCGGGGGGAGCUGUUUUAGGCCCUCACCCACUUUAAUUAAUGGCUCAUGCUUUCCUAGGAAUUGUGAAGUUUAUUGUAAAGUAACUCAUAGUUCUAGGUAGAUGGAGUUUGAUGCUUUAUUCUAAUUGUUGUAAAAUUUUGUAUUUCUGUGUUUUCAGGGGGUGUCCCUUGGUAGAACCUGAUUUACUUGAAAUGCAAAGUAAUAAAUCAAUUCCUUCUACCACCCUCUUUGUCCCCAGUGUUUUAUGUGAAACACUGACUGAAAUGUUUGCCUUACAAAUUUCUCUUUUUAAAAGCACCCAGAGACACACAUUUUAGGGGUUCAUGCUAGAUACUCUGUCAUUAUGGCUCUACUGUUCUUUCCUUUCAAGUUGCCUAAACACAGCUGAGUUGGUGAGAGGAGCAAAGACAACAGGAUAGUGCUGCCAAGUAGACAGGAAGCCGUAGUGGACCUAGCGAGCAGGGGCGGCUGAGCACACCCUCUGUCCAAUCAGCUGUGAGUGCUGUUGCUAUGUGCACUCUUACUCUGCUGCCUUUGUGAAAAACCUUAGAGGGAAAGCGGAAUCAGCACCCACCACUGAACGUUUUAACCACUGCAGACAUCUGGAUCCCUCAGUUACUGACUGUAUAGCAAUUGACAGCCAGAAGGCAACUUCUUUUAUACAAGGAUUCCAGUAUGGUUUUCAGUGGAAACAAAGGGCUUCACAGAGAAGAUACACUAGAUGAAUACUUUGAAUAUGAUGCAGAGGAGUUCUUGAUCUCUUUGGCCUUGUUAAUAACAGAAGGGCGAACACCCGAAUGUUCUGUAAAAGGUCGCUCAGAAAGCUUCCAUUGCCCUCCAGCGCAGUCCUGUUACCCAGUAACUACCAAACAUGAAUGUAGUGACAAGCUGGCCCAGUGUCGCCAAGCCAGACGAACCAGGUCUGAGGUCGCGCUGUUGUGGAAGAAAAACCUUCCAAUCAUGGUAGAAGUGAUGCUCCUGCCAGACUGCUGUUACAGCGACGAUGGGCCCUCCACAGAUGGGAUUGACCUCAACGAUCCCGCAAUUAAGCAAGAUGCAUUACUAUUAGAAAGAUGGGUAUUGGAGCCAGUUCCUCGACAGAAUGGUGAUCGAUUUAUUGAAGAGAAGACUCUUCUAUUGGCUGUCCGCUCAUUUGUGUUUUUUUCUCAAUUAAGUGCUUGGCUGAGUGUUUCUCACGGUGCUAUUCCACGGAAUAUUCUUUAUAGAAUCAGUGCUGCUGAUGUAGACCUACAGUGGAAUUUUUCACAGACACCAAUUGAACAUGUGUUUCCUGUUCCCAAUGUUUCUCACAAUGUGGCCUUGAAAGUCAGCGUUCAGUCCUUGCCCAGACAAUCUAAUUACCCAGUUUUGACGUGUAGUAUUCACAGUAAUAUUGGCCUUUAUGAGAAGAGAGUUCAAGAACAUGAACUUAAGGCUCAUCAGCACCGCAAUUCUAACGAAGCAGAGCAGUGUAGUACAAACAGUUUACAGCGUCUGUGUAGCAAACCAACUUGGACCAUGGCACCUGAAAGUGUACUGCAUGCAAAAAAUGGCACACCUCCAGAAUAUACUGCAGCUGUCAAAAAUGGCAAACUAUAUCCAAGCACUGGCAGACAAUCAGACUAUGGAACUUGUCAAGCCAAUAUUCUGGGCUUCAGCGGUAUAGGAGAUAAAAAGUCACAUGAAACAUCAGUGAGAACUUUAAAGUCAUUUUCAGUGAUUGAUUCCAGUGUUUGUGGUCAUCAGAGUUCCUGGCAGUCAGUUGGUGAGACUAAUCCUUUAAUAGACUCUUUAAUUCAGGAUCGACAAGAUGUUAUUGCAAGAAUUGCUCAGCAUUUGAUUCAUUGUGAUCCAAGCAAUUCACAUGUUUCUGGACAUGCAUUUAACACUCAAGAUGCUAGUUCACUAAAUUCAAAACUUCGAAUUUCACAAGAAAAUGAAAAUGUGAGAAAAUUCAAAGAAACUUUCUGUAUUUCAUUUGACAGUCCAGAGCUUACUUCCUCAGAAGAUACCAAUGAGGGGAAAAUCCAAGUAAAACCAGAAAUUCCCCGAAAUGAAACUUGUACUUCUAAUGGUUUUUAUUCUCAUCGGUCUGUUGGUGAGACUAACCCUUUAAUAGGCUCACUACUCCAGGAGCGGCAAGAUGUUAUUGCAAGGAUUGCUCAUCACUUGGAGCAUAUUGAUCCAACGGCACCCCGUGUGCCCUCGCAGUCAUUCAACAUGCGUGACUCUACUUUGGUUCCUUCUAAAGUGUUUAGGAGUUCAUAUGAGGACAAAAAUUUAUUGAAGAAGAACAAGGGUGACACCUCUGUUUCCAUUUCUAAUACAAAAGUUUCCUUGUUAGAAGACUGCAAUGAAGGGGAAAACUUAAUACCUACUAAAUCUUUUAGUCCUUUUAAAUGCGAUAGUAAAGUCAAGUCCUCUUUGAAACCUCAAAUAAGAAGAAAUCUGCAUCAGGACAAUCCUAGUGAAGUCAUCCAAAGUACAUUUCAAGGCAUACCGAACAGAGCCAGUAGUUUAUUGGCUCCCUCAAAUAUGUCUCAUUGCAAAGAAGAUAACUUAGAUUUGACAAUCAGAUUGAAAAAUACUCUUUCUGAGUGUCAAUUUAGGGAGCAUGAAAUUAGCAAUGGAAAUGAUAAACGGUAUUCAAAUGGCAACAGUAUUGACAAACAGAUUUGCACAGAUAAGUUUAAAGAAAAAACAAAAACACCUGAAAAUUGUAAUCCAGAAUUUUUUAACAAUCACCAAUCUGAUAAUUCUAAAACUAAUGACUCAAAAAUAAAAAUUACUACAUUGGAAAUGUCUGGAUAUUUGAAAAAACAUGAAAACAAGUGUUCACAUAAUGACUCAAAAAGGCCUACAAGAUGUGAGCAAAAUAUGCAACUUAAUAGUAUAGAAAAUUAUCUCAAUAAAGAUAAUGAAGCUUUCAAAUGCAAAAAGCCAGACCAAUUGAAAAAUGAGCAGGAUAAGAAGGAAGAUCCAACUGAUGGAAAAUUUCAAAACUGUUGUCAGAGAGAGAGUAUAAAAGACUAUUUGUCUCCGUGUGAACGACUGAAAAAUCCAGAGGUGUUGCAGAGGGCUGUUCCACUGAAACAUUCAAAUGUCUGGCGGAAACAUAAUUUUCAUUCCUUGGAUGGAACCUCAACUAGGGCUUUUCAUCCUCGGACUGGAUUGCCUCUUCUGUCAAGUCCUGUUCCUCAAAGAAAGACACAGUCAGGUUGCUUUGAUCUGGAUUCUUCAUUACUGCAUCUGAAAAGCUUAUCAUCUAGAAGUUCCCGACCAUGUUUAAACAUUGAAGAUGAUCCAGAAAUUCAUGAAAAACCAUUCCUGAGUUCUAGUGCUCCACCUAUAACAAGUCUUAGUCUCCUAGGAAAUUUUGAGGAAUCAGUCUUGAACUAUCGAUUAGAUCCUCUCGGCAUUGUUGAUGGCUUUACUGCCGAGGUCGGGGCUAGUGGUGUCUUCUGCCCCACACACUUGAUUCUUCCAGUUGAAGUGUCAUUCUACAGUGUUUCAGAUGAUAAUGCUCCCUCUCCUUAUAUGGGUGUGAUCACUUUAGAGUCCCUUGGUAAAAGGGGUUAUCGAGUACCUCCUUCAGGAACAAUACAAGUGACCUUAUUUAAUCCUAAUAAGACUGUGGUGAAGAUGUUUGUUGUGAUAUAUGACUUACGAGAUAUGCCAGCCAAUCAUCAGACAUUCCUACGACAAAGAACUUUUUCUGUACCGGUUAAACAAGAAAUGAAGAGAAGUGUUAAUAAAGAGAACAUUCGACAUACAGAAGAACGGUUAUUACGCUACCUCAUACAUCUGAGGUUCCAGAGUUCUAAAUCUGGAAAGAUCUACCUCCAUAGAGAUGUACGUCUCCUGUUCUCUAGAAAGUCAAUGGAAGUUGAUAGCGGUGCUGCAUAUGAACUCAAAUCUUACACUGAAUCGCCAACAAACCCUCAAUUUUCACCAAGAUGUUGAUAAGGACUGACAAUGUACAAGUAUUUGCUCAGUACCCAAGUUUGAAAGUGAAAAUUAGCGUAGAACGGAGUGUACCAAAUUAACAACCGGGAGAGUGGACCCUCUCCUGUUUCCCCGGACCAGUUUUCAUUAAAGGAUUCCUGGAAUGCGAUCCACAUAUUCCAAGUAGACUGGAAACACUCAUGUCCUAAGCCUUUUUGUACUGUUGAAACCACUUCAUGGGACAUGUUGCAAUAGCAAAACCCUCGUUAGAUUAGUGUUUACACAUUUUAUUUCUCAGUUAUUUAAUAUUUAAUGUUUUCCUUAAUACUCAAGUGAUAUUUGUCUCUAGUGUUCUAAUGUAGCACAAAUCCUAUGUAAAAUCAAACUAUGUAUUUUUGACGUUAAUGUUGAAAUCUGAAAUAUAUGCAUAAGUCUUUAAUUCUGUGUGAUGUGUUUUAAGUACUAUUCAUUUAAGUUAAUGAAAAUGAGAAGGAAAUGUUGAGCUUCUUUAAGAUUAAUGCACUAUGCAAGCAUGUGUACUUUUUUAUAUGUCUCAAGUGUAGUUCUUCCAACUCCCCUUCAGGUUGCUGUCUCACAUGGUAGCCCUUCAACAUCCUGUAUUGGCAGUGAAGUGUGGACUGAGCUGCUUCACGUUCCCCCUGCAAGUUCAGAUUAUCACGCCCAUUCAUAUUCCUUCUAUAGAAUCCCGUAUCUUCAGAACAGUUCUAUUUUUCCUUAAUCACUACUAGAGAGGCUUUACAUUAAAUUGCUGUCCAGUGCUACAUAACUUUUGCAAAUGGUUAAAAGAGUAUGUACUUUGAAAAAAAUUAGUAUUUAUACUGUAAAUAUAUGCAAAAACA